UCCGGCUGACGCUCAUCCUCUCGUCGCGGCUCCUCCUCUCCAGAGGACGCGCGGACUCGGCUGGAGCUCCAGGUGCAUUUUCACUCACAGAAACAACAACAAACAAACAAAAAAAUAUAUUUUUUUCUGCCGUUCUGUUUUUGGCAACGUGACACCUUUGGACCCGAACCGAGCCGGACCCAAAGGCUUUGGUAUAUAAUUUAUUAUUAUUAUUAUUAUUUUUCUACGGCGUCCGCUGGAUGGUUUAGCUGCAGGUUCACUCUCUGUGGCGCCUCCACCUGCACUCUGUUAGAAAGCCUCAGCAUCACUCUGCAUUCCUGCGGACGGAGCCGGAUUCUUCAAAGGUGCAGCAAGAUGUUGGGUGCGCAGCCUGUUUACGGAGUAAGGCUCUUGCUGGCCCUGAUAAUGCUCCAUACAGCCGACUCAGGUUUAACCAGUGCUGACACUAUGGUGAAUAUGCGGAAGGUGACUCAUCAGACCAUUACAGAGGAGCUGUCCAAGACGGUGCUGCUCCCUUGCCUCUUCACCCUUCGCCCUGGUGCCAGCUCCUUCUCCGAGCCCCCCAGGAUCAAAUGGACCAAGGUUUGGGGUCAGAGAGGCUCCGACGGCCUGCAGAAGGAGCAGUCGGUCCUGGUGGCCAAAGACAAUGUGGUCAAGGUGAAAAAGGCCUUCCAGGGUCGUGUGUCACUGCCCGGGUACAGUAAGGACCGCUACAAUGCCAGCCUUGCACUGACUGGGUUGCGGUCCAGCGACUCUGGACUUUAUCGCUGUGAAGUUGUGGUGGGGAUCAACGAUGAGCAGGACACCGUUCCACUGGAGGUCACAGGUGUAGUGUUCCACUACCGGGCCCCUCACGAUCGCUACGCCUUGUCCUUUGCUGAUGCCAAGAGGGUCUGCAUAGAGAACUCGGCUACCAUUGCAACACCCGGCCAGCUGCAGUCAACUUUCGCCGAUGGCUACGAGAACUGUGACGCAGGCUGGCUGGCAGACCAGACUGUAAGGUACCCCAUCCAGUCACCUCGGCCCGGCUGCUAUGGUGAUCGGGAGGACUCGCCCGGUGUUCGUAAUUAUGGCAAUAGGGCUCCUGAUGAGCUGUUUGAUGUCUACUGCUUUGCAAAGAAACUGCAAGGUGAAGUGUUCCACUCCACGGUGCCAGAGAAACUGAGCCUGGCCGCCGCCUCCACCCACUGCCACUCUCUGGGAGCCCAACUGGCCACCGUCGGGCAGCUCUACUUGGCUUGGCAGGCUGGUCUUGACCAGUGUGAUCCCGGCUGGCUGGCCGACGGCAGCGUCCGUUACCCCAUCAACGUCCCACGAAAGAACUGUGGCGGAGACGAGCCCGGGGUGCGGACGGUCUACAACAACCCAAACCGCACCGGCUUCCCGGACACCACCGCCCUCCUCGACGCCUUCUGCUUCAGAGCCCACCAGCCAGCUGCGAUCCAGGCCUCUGAGGCGAAGGCUUCGCUCCUGCCUCGGAGACCAGCACCGGGGGCCCAGAGACGGGGCCCCUCCGUCCGAGCGUCCACCUGGGCUGACUGGUUUUCCUUGAACAAAACCGGAAGCGACGAGUCGUCUGAGGCAUCCGAAGAGCAUGUUUUAAUCGACUUGAAGCCCGAGGAAAAGUGGGAGGAAAGACGCAACGGAUCCACGAUCGGCCCGGUGGGCGCUUCUGGUGGCAGCAACGGCACCUCCGGCUUCCCGGACCUCGAAAGUGCAGAGAGCCGCGGGGUUCCAGCUCAUGAGGGCCUGGGUCGCAGUGAUCUUGGAUCAGACGCGCCGGUGUUAUCCCCCGUUGCCUCUUCCACCCCACAGCCUCAGGCAAGUUACAGCCUUCUCGCUGAAUUUGUUAAAACUCUCAUGAGGCCCUUUAAGUUCUGGACGGGGAGCAAAGGGACCGACAAGACAGAGGGGGGGCCCACACUGCCUGAGGAAAAAGCCGCAGAGAACCAAACGCAGGGAGAAAACCUGAGUCUCCCUAAACCCGGAGAAAACAAGGGCAGCAUGGACAAUGCCAUCCUGGAGCACAGAAGUGGCACUUUCCCCCUCAGGGGCCCCAAAAGUGGAGUACAGAACUCGGAGAAGGGGCUGUCGGAGCAGGAAAAAGAGCUGAUGCCUCUCAUCAACCUGCUGCCUUCGAUCCAACAUGCCGAGCAAAAGCCCAGCAGCGCGAGCGGAGGAGCCGCCUCGAUCAAUGACAACCUGCAAUCCACGUUUAAUGAAUUUCUUCCUUCUGGUUCCAUUGACGAUUCCUCACCUCACAAACAUGUCAACAAAUCUGGUAUUCAGGGUUCCAAGCAAGGCCAUUUCCUUGCUUCCACCUCCAAUACUCACUUCCAUUGGCCGAUUAAGUCAGAAAAUGGUCCCAAACGAGGUCGUCCUGCAAAUGAGGCCUACCUGGAUGAGCAAGAAUCUUGGGAGCCAAAAGAAUCUAAAGCAGGACCUCUGGAGUUGAUGACGCUGCCCGACUCCCUUCAUCAGGAGAACCUGGAGAAUUAUUCAGGUGAAGGCAAAGAUCGGGAUCCGGAAGGUGCUUUGACUGACAAAGGCAGAGCUGUAUCAGGAGAAGAGAAAGACGUGGAGGGAAGUGGAAAUGGAAGCAGCUUUCCGGCUGGCUUUGAAAUGACAGUCAACACGCGGGCCAGCAGUGGUGUCAAAUUAAGUCCCACAUCCAAAGCUUCACCCAAACCGAACAGUUUUGUGACAGUGGGAGAGCACACUACUCUGUCUCAGUGGCUGCUGGUUAAUCAACCCACUGCCUCUCCUCAGGGUGCCACGGAGUCAGACACAGCUGAGGAGGCAAAGGGAGAGAUACUUUAUGUCCACAGACCAACUGGGAUGCCCUCUCUGCCAUCUUCUUUGCAAACACAAGAUGAGAGUAAAGAAAUGGGGAUGGCUUCCACACCUGCAGCUUGGCUGGAGGUUCUGACAUCUUCUGAGGUGACCACAGUGGAGCCUUUGGCCACAGAGCCACACAGAACAUAUCCUGCCACCACAGUCCUUAUCUCAGAAAAUACUUCAGACGCCUCUUCUACAGAGGAAGCAUCUAUUUCCAUUUCAUGGAUUCAGGAAAAGCAGGAAAACAUGAGUAUACCGGACCAGCAAAACCUUCUCUCGGUGACUCUGUUGCCUACUAAAGGAGUUCAAACUGGAGUCGUUCAAUUGAGCACCGAAGCCAUAAACUCUGAAAUUGGCCUGACAGAAAUGGAAUCCAGAUCUGCAGUUACUGAAUCUUUUGUUGUGGGAAGAGUCUGGACACCUUCCACAGAGUUCAAGCCAGAGGAACACAAAACGACAGAGGCUACAGAGGACAAGGACACAAGCAACCCGUUUGGCAGCCUUGUACCUGACUGGGCUUUCGGCCUCAUUCCAUCAGAGGAGAGUAACCCGUGCCAGACCAGCCCCUGUCUCCAUGGCGGGAGCUGCCUGGAGGAAGGCGACAGCUACAGCUGCUACUGUCCUCAGGGCUACUCUGGAGAAAACUGCGAGAUCGACAUUGACGACUGCCAGUCUAAUCCCUGCCAGAACGGAGGAACCUGCAUCGACGAGAUCAACUCCUUCGUGUGCCUCUGUCUGCCCAGCUACGGCGGAGCUACGUGCGAAAAAGACAUCGAGGGCUGCGAGCACUCGUGGAGAAAGUUUCACGGCCACUGCUACAGGUACUUCAGCCGCAGACACACCUGGGAGGAUGCUGAGAAGGACUGCAGGGAGCACAGCGGUCACCUGGCCAGCAUCCACACUGCAGCAGAGCAGAAUUUCAUCAGAGGUCUGAGCCAUGAGAAUACCUGGAUUGGGCUGAACGAUCGUACAGUGGAGGAUGACUUUCAGUGGACGGACAAGACAGACCUGCAAUAUGAAAACUGGCGGGAAAACCAGCCUGACAAUUUCUUUGCCGGAGGAGAGGACUGCGUAGUAAUGAUCGCCCAUGAGAACGGCAAAUGGAACGAUGUGCCUUGCAACUACAAUCUGCCCUACGUCUGCAAGAAGGGAACAGUGCUUUGCGGGGCCCCUCCCAGCGUGGACAAUGCCUUUCUAAUUGGUCGGAAGCGUUCCCACUACGACAUCCACUCCAUAGUGCGCUACCAGUGCGGUGAUGGCUUCCUGCAGCGCCACGUUCCUACUGCUAAGUGUCGUGCCAACGGCAAGUGGGACCGACCCAAAAUCGUCUGUAUAAAAUCUCGGCGGGCCCAUCGUUACCGACGCCACCACCACAAGGCGAGGAGGGAGCGCAGGAAGCACAAGCGGCAUGGCCACAGAGAGGGGGGACGCCAUGGAGGGGAGCUCAACCAAGGCCACAAACACACCCUCUUCUGAACCAAAAAACACAAGAUUGGCACCCUCUUUUUUUUCUUCUUCUUCUCUGCUGCAACCUGCAGCUUGCCUGUCUCCCCGUUGUCCUCAUUUCCCCAAAUACCACUUCAAACUCUCAGCCCAUGAACUCCCCGCUCCCUUUUCUGUUCUGCCCUUACUCCCCCACUCACCUCCUCAUCCCCUGGUGCACAGAGGCAACCUGCUUAUUAGUCCCCUCUGAGGCCUGCCUAAAUGCUGCCAGGUGUUGCCAGGACUCUAACAUCCACAUUGACAUCCCUUCUUCUUCCUUUUCUUUGUUUUAUUUUUGGGCUCCAGCUCUUUUGUCUGUCCUCCUCUCUCACACAUGAUCCAGUUACUCUCCCUUUGAGCUCAGCCCUUGGCCUGUUUUUUGUUUGUUUGUUUGUUUGUUUUUUGAGAACGAAAAGAAAAAAAAAACAUUUUUAGUUUGAGUAUGGACUUUCUUUGGCGAGAAGUGGUUUUAGUAUGAACUGUAAAUAGGGGUGACAUCACUGAAAAUGCCGUAUCAAAGUCAGUCGAGUCAAUGGGAGACGUCGUGAUAUUGACUUGAGCCUUUUGUCUAUCGAACAGUUAUUUUUUACAAAUGCUCUGUGUUUAUCUCCUGAUCCUGCUGCUUUUCGGUUUGCCUCUUUGUAAGACACUGGUGCGGACUCGCAGCGCCGCCGCCGCCGCUGCGUCGUUCUGUUACAGAUUUUGCUGAUUUUUCAACCAGAGGCGGUUGUUAAUUGAGUUAUUUGAUUGUUAGCGUUGUAUUUUUCUUGUCAGUGUGAGACAGUUGCUUUAGAUCAGAUGAUGAAAGCCCAGAGGAAAAAUGGAUAGUGGCUCCGGUUUCUGGCUCAUCUAAAUAAAUCAUCUGAGCCAUCUCGAAUGGUUGAAGGUGUGCCAACACUUCCUCUCUUCUCCCCACCCACUCCCCCACCCACUUUGAUAUCGAUUGUCUCAACUCAGCUCAAAACGUCCACAUUUGUUUCCUGUUGUCAACGGUGAGGGUCAUAAGAUUUAGACAGACACAGAAAUCAUAAUCAAGUCACGAUGAUUUCAUCUGCUGAACUUAAACAUUUAAGUGAGUAGAAGCACCGAGUACCAGUGAAAAGUUUUCAAACAUCAGUCGUGCCAGGAAUAUCGUUGUAAUAUGGAUUUAGUAUGAAAAUAUGAUAGCGCAAUUAGUUGCACAAUUUUAAAUGUCCAGUGGAUUUUCUCAAACUCAUCCGUCUAUUCAUGCGUUUGUCUUGUCCAGAUCACCUAAACGAGCUUCGGCGAUUCAACAGUCACUCUCAGACGUCGGAAAAUCAGUUUGGAUGUUCAGAGAAAAUGAUGAACCAUCUCAUGUUCAAGCUUUCCAAAAUGAAACCCUGCAGAUGUUGUUGAGAUGGAAGUCAAUAUUUCUUUUAAAGGACUUGGCUAAACAGAUUCUUCAUUAUCCAGUGGGUUUGGUUGCUGCAAAGUUAAGCAGAAACACUGUGACACUUUUUAAUUAUCGGUUUAUUUAUCACAAGUUACACAACUGGCUCAGCGUUCUACUCUACAUGAUCACAUUUUACUUUUGACAGUCAGCCCUAUUGUACAAAUAAAUGUAUAAAUAGAUGCCUACCUCCAAAUUACUUUAAGCUUGCUUAAGUCACAAGUUAGCUCAAACUUGGAAAAGUAUUUUUUUAACAGAAUAGUGAUGAAGCACAUUUCCAUUUCUAUGGAUUCAGUAAAAUCUAUAAUGAAUUCACACCUGUGCAUCCAGUUCUAGUUUCAGAAAACCCUUGAAUUGCUUUUAUCAGUCUACACGGGAAAAAGUGUGUUGAGUUCAAAUAAUGCAAAAAUUUUAAAUGCAUUCAUCUUGAUGUUGAGUCUAUAUAAUAUGAAAUGUAGACUGACGGUAACACACACAAUCAAAUCUAAAUGAAAAAAGUACUUUAUACCUCCACUGUACAGGAAAUGUUUGUGCUAUUAUUUUUUUUCAUAAAAAGGAAACAGAUGAUUUACCCAAUCAGCUGUUUUUGAUAUAACUAACUUAUCAGACAGAUUUUCCUGAGAACUUUGUGUAAGAAACCUUCUCAUGUUUCAUCAGAGUAAAUGCAUCCAAUCCCCAUUUGUUUUUUUUUUUUUUUUUUUUUUUGUUUUUUUUCUUCUCUUUCAUUAUAAUCACUCUUCAAACACAUUGCGAUGAUAGAACCUCUUUUUAAGGCUUACAGAUGAGGUGGAUUUCUGGAUCGCCAGUAAAAUUCACUGCAGUCCUGUUUCUUGUGUUGUGCACUUAAUGUUCCUCUCGCAACUAAAAUAACAAAAAAGUGACAAUAGGUCCCACAUGAUCUUAUCAGAUAAGUUAGACAUCACAUUAGAUUGCUUAAUAAUACUUGUUUUCAUCGACUGUCAGUAAAAUUAUUCCCCCACUCAACAGUCGAUUGAGUUGACCAGACAGACUGACCGAUGUGAAGCCAUUUGUCAGAGCUGUACUGACUGACUGGGGUCGAACAUCAUCACAGGGAAUAAGAAGCUGUAUCGUUGAACUCGCCGUUCGUGUGUUUUCACGAUACGAAAGAGUGAUGGCGGCUGAGGCCGUCGUUGGCGAUGGAGAGGCGCAGUGAGGUUAAGUCUUGCUGUUUCUGGGUCAGACAGAAACUCCCACCUGGAGAUGUCCUUGCCACGUGGUUGUGCUCUAAACAGGAGAUUGAGGGGGACUGGAAAAAAAAACAAAACAAAGAAGAACGCUUUGCUCUGUCUUCUCUCAGCUUCACUGUCCAGAUAAAUCGCUGCUCUUCUUUUUAAAGCCAACCCUAGAGGUUUGUGCAUGUGGGAUUAUGACCCUCAUUCCGGCAUGUCUGGCUUUGAUGUUUCUUCAUCUUUUGCUGGAUCUUUUUUCUUACUCCUUUAGCACCUUUGUGCUUUUGAAGGAUUCAUCCGUCUUUGCCGAUCCACUUUCCUCUUUUUUUCUCUCUCUUUUACAAGUUUAUUUUUAACAGAGCGUUAAUGUUUUCAGUACUGUAGCUUCUACCUGAGGUUGUGUGAAUCAGAAUUUUGUGCCUGAUUUUUUUAUUUUUUUAGUGGUUUUUGUAAAACUUGUACUUACAGAUGCUGACCUAAGCUGAUUUAAGGUUUUUUGUACAGAGAGAAGAGGAAGACAUGCAGUAAAUGGUGAAACUAACCUGCACUGAUCACCGUAGCCUCAGCAUAUGGUGCCUGUGCUCUACCACUAGGCCAUAUAGUGCUUUGUUUUUUGUAUCUUUAUAUUAGCAAAAAGGGCAGUUAGCAUGGCUAUCAUUGCAAAAAUAUACCUGUGUCUGAAGGUAUAUUUGUAGUAUAACUUUGUCAAUCUACAGAGACAGGAGUGGAAAGCUCAAAAGGUUGAAAACAGCUUACCUACCUUCUGCUGAAUGUCUUGCUCUCGCUCGCUUUCUUGCAGCCUGGACUUACCACAGACUUGUCUCAACGUGUCUUUAAAAAACAUAUAUCCUAAACAGCUUCUUACAUUUCUGAGCAACACGUUAAAAAACCUAAAAUUAGCUUUCGGUUUCAAAACUCUUGUUCACCGGUCGGUCCCAGUCGGCCACCGAAUGAUUUCGCUACAUGUUACAUGCUAUAAGGCGAAAUCUGCUAUUUGCAGAUGAUAUCUUUGCCUUGGUUUGUCUCCUCUCACCUUGACUAGGACAACAGCAGUCGUCUUACACCUUUGUAUCAGUUCAAUUAAUCUCCUGCAUGCCUAAUUAACAAGCUGCAUUAUCAGCCCAACCACAGAGCUGCCAUGACAGGGGAAGGGUAAUGCUGAUGGACAGUCAGAGGAGGGUACAUGGCGGCUGUCACAGCCAUCAAACCCCUGUCGCUCUGCAGAUGUCAGGCUGCUUUCUCUUCCCUCCCUCCCGUUGCUCCGGUAAAAUAGAUUGACCAUGGGUGGGUGAAUAAAAGGGCAGACAGAAGACCCUCUCACUGCAGACUUGAUGCUGAGAGACAGGGUAAUUACAGCUGGGCAAAGGUUCGGCCGCGUGACGAGACCUAAAAAAUAAUGUGAUAAAGUUGCAAGAAACUGAGUUGAGCUUUGAGCCUAAAAAUCCACAAGCCAAGCACGUUGAAGAAACCAAAACCGACGUGACUAAAGCGGAUCUUUUUAUAACACAAAAACAGACCGUGCUGUCCUCACGCAGAGAUGUCCUCCUUUGAAUCCAGCCAUCAACGUUUCUCACAGGAAUACUAAACAAAAAAGUUUCACCUCAAACGCGUUAAAUGAGCUCAAAUACGCACACACACUCACACACACACACCAGUUCCUCCUCUGACUUCAAACACAGUGUUUGGUUCCUUUCAAAAUCCUUCUUUUAAUCUUCCUCACUCCCACUCGGCUCGCCUUUCCUCUCUGGGUGCUACAGUCGGAGGCCUGAGGGCAGACAAACACACAGCCACAAAGCCUGAUCAUUGCAAAUCAUAAUCAUAACAUUGAGCUUGUUAGGAUGUUUCGGCCAGCUGUCUCUCAGGUUAGAGGCUGCAGCGACUCCUUUGGGGAGCCAGUGAGUCUGUUUCUGCUCGCUGAGCCGAAGAGAGGUGUGAAAUGUGGCUCAAUAUGGUGGGAUUUUAACGAAAGGUCCAUCUGAAUAAAUCAAGCAAAGAUGCAGCGGGUCAGUCGAAGGUAUGGGCUCACACUCCACCUUGUCUGUUUGUCAAGAAGCAGCUUGAAGGAGGCGCAUGCAAUAAAACGAGAGUCGGUAAUGACAGCAAGAUAACAACGAUGCAGUGGCUGCCGUCCUUCUUCAGUUGCACACAGACAGACUAUUGAUUUCAUGAUUAGGCAGUCUGUCUUGUGCUCUUAUUAAGUCCGUCAAUGGCAUCGACGGCGCAAUCGCAUCGACUGGCUGCUGAGUGUUUUCUAAAUGACAGGAAAACAGACACAGUUCUCCUCUGCGCGUUCAUUCUUUUCACAGGUUUUUGUUUUCGCUCCAAACUCUCUUUCACUCUUAUUUCAUUCCCCGGCCUCUCCCCUAGUGGUGUCCAUACAGCAUUACACCGCGGAAACUGAGUUGAGACGAUUUAUCAUUGUCAGGAAAGCGGGACGGAUGGAUGAAAGGAAACGUGUUCCUGCAGCUGAGUGAGAAUGACUGAGACAAACGCAGUGCAGGAGCCGGUGACGGAUGUUUCCCUCUCUUUCCUCCGUUACAUAUCUCCUCACGCGUUACUCUCCUCCUUUCCUUACAAUCCAUUUAUACUCUGGGUGUGUUUGUUUGUUGCUUAGCCUCUCUGGGCCACAUUCACACAGCCGGUGAAAGCUCCCUCGAAUCCCAGCUGCACCUGAUUUUUUUUUCUCUUUCUCGCACAUAUCCACAAACAUCCACACACACACACACACACACACGCACACACACACACACACACAUACACACACACACACUGCUGCUGCUGUUGUGAAACUGCUGCAAUAGAUACACAGAGGCCCUUUGGUCAAUACUGGCACUGCAGGAGGGCCUGAGGAAAAGCUGGGCAUUUACAAUACAGACGAACUUCAUUGUUGGCUCUGUUCCCUGCGCAGCGUCUCAGCCUGCAGGUUUCUGCGGUGAACACAAAAUGCAAUAUAUAAAAGACUGAAGCUGACGUUGCAUAUGGCUGUGUGAAUGUGGCUCAACAGUAUUUAUUGAUAUUUAUCAGUGUAUGUUCUUAAUUCUAGUACUGUUAUUGUAUUAUAUUCUUUACAAGACAAAUGAUCAUUAAAGGAAACCCUUGUUUGGAUCCAUCA